AUGGACGAGUUUACGAAGAAUCUAGUAAGCUUAUCUGUUGCGCAUGUUAAAGUUGAACGCAAUCUGAAUGAACCGCUGCCUUCGUCAGUUGAAGUGGUCCGGGAGAAUGGUGAAAUUAUAACCAUUGAUGUCGAGUACCCUUGGGUCCCUCCCACGUGCUCUCAUUGCAAAGAGAUUGGACACGUCAUUCGCUUCUGUCCUGCUGUUACACCAUCAUGGACACAGACGAAGAAAGCAAAAGAAACAAAAGAAACAAAAGAAAUUGAGUCAAACACAGAUAAAGAAGCAGUAUCUACUAAGAUUAAAGGGAAAGGCAAGUCUGACCCUGCUCUAGUUGCAACAAACCAUGACUCCUGCUCCCCACCUUCCUCCUCUGCUCCUACCGUUCCUGGCCACCAAAAUUCAAGCCAACCUUCACAACAAACCAAAACCGUUAAACAGACAAAACAAUCACAAGUUGCUCCCUCUCUUCUGCCAACCCCAGCUAUCAAAACCUCUAACCCAUUUGAUGCCCUCGCACCCUCUAACCAACCCCCUGAACCCACCCCUGAGGUCAACACCACUAACACCCCACCUUCCGAACCCAACAACACUACCAGCUUACCUUCUGAUAUGGUUAUUGACCCGCCUCUUUGUAUUAUCUCUGGAGAUACUCCUUCUGCUAAAGAAGGAAAACUCAUGUUAAGGAACCAAACUAACCGUGUUAUGACUCAAACCUGUCCUGGUUGGAAUUAUGUCUCAAAUCAUAACUCUGAUGAAGAUGGACGCAUUGUGCUAAUCUGGAAAGCCCCGGCAGAUGUGACUGUUCUUCAUCAGUCAAAGCAUCUCCUCACCUGUGAAAUCACAAUACAAGGUGGACAUCGAUUCUUCUUCACGGCUGUGUAUGCACCGAAUUCGAGUGAAGAGAGAACUGACCUCUGGUGUGAACUCUUGCGGUUACAUCAAAGCUUGAUGCUUGACAACUUACCUUGGGCUCUUUGUGGAGAUUUUAAUCAGAUAAUACACCCCGCAGAGCACUCUAACCCGAGCAUCAACCACUUCACUUCUCGAAUGCUAGAGCUGAGAGACUGUCUUUUGCAGUUAGAGGUCUUUGACCUGAGGUUCCAAGGGCCUCUGUUCACCUGGACAAACAAGAACAAUACAAAUCCGAUAGUGAAGAAGCUGGACAGAGUCCUUGUAAACAACCACUGGCUCACCUGUUAUCCUGAUGGUGUGGUUCAGGCAUUGACAACUCCAUCACCCGCUCUAUAUGAACAAGAGAAGGAAAUGCAUACUAAGUGGAUGUUUCUCAGAACUAUUGAAGAGGCGUACUUCAGGCAAAGAUCAAGAAUAAACUGGCUAAAGGAGGGUGAUCUUAACACUACUUACUUCCACAGAGUAAUGCAGAUGAGAAAUGCGUUUAAUGCCAUCCGUUCUUUCACUUCUCUUUUGGGUUAUGUGAUUGACGACCCUCUAGAAAUGAGCUCCCUCGCGGUAAACCACUUCAAGGCGCUGCUUGCACCAAUAGUCCUGCAACCUGUGACUGUGCCCCUUGACUGGAUUCAGAAUACGAUUGCUUAUCGCUGCUCUCCAGACCUGAAGCAAGCAAUGACAAAGUUACCAACACCUGAAGAGAUAAGGCGGACCAUGUUUAAACUUAAUGCUAACAAAGCUCCGGGACCAGACGGAUUUACCUCAGCCUUCUACAAAGCAUCUUGGGAUAUACUUGGUGCCGAAGUAACGUCCAGCAUCCUCCAAUUCUUUCACUCUUCUUUCCUUCCCUCCGCGACCAAUGCAACUAUCCUUGCUCUACUUCCCAAAGUUCCUGGAGCCUCUAUCAUUUCGGAUUUUCGUCCCAUCUCGUGUCUCAAUACUCUGUACAAGGUCGUUUCUAAGUUGCUAGUAGCAAGAUUGAAGCCCAUUCUCCCUGACCUGGUACAAAAGAAUCAGACAGCUUUCAUUAAAGGUCGUUUGUUAGUGGAGAAUACUCUGUUAGCUGCAAAGCUGGUAAAUGGCUAUCAUCACGAAAAAGGGCCUAAAAGAAUAACCAUCAAAGUGGAUAUCGCUAAGGCGUUUGAUACGGUGAGAUGGGAGUUUAUUUUUAGCUGCCUUAGAGGCAUUGAAGUACCGGAGACUUACCAGCGCUGGCUCAAAGCUUGCAUCUGCACUCCUUCCUUCUCUGUAGGCUUCAACGGGCAUGUACACGGCUACUUCAAAGGACUCCGGGGACUUCGCCAGGGAGACCCUCUCUCGCCUUAUCUGUUUGUUCUAGCCAUGAACUGCCUGUCAGCUUGCUUGGAUAAAGCAGCAGAAGAGGGAAAAAUUGGCUAUCACCACUAA